CCAGCAAUGUAUCAGAUGAUACGAGUGAAUCCUUGCACCCCAUGGUAGCAACCUCCACGUGUAUGAUAUAUGAUGUAGCAACCCAAGUCUGGGCAGCAACACUUCGUCCUGCAACAGGAGGUACAGUUUAUCGAAUCGGACGGGUCGUCCAAUCCAUUGGUGAUGUUGCGUAUACUAAAUCAAGAGAUAUAUGGGUUCCUGAUCCCCAGCGAACCAUGACACGAAUUCACUUUUGCCAAUUGGGAACUGACAAUCUUUUGAUCUCAAAUCAUCAAACCGAGUCAAUGCCACAAAAAGAACAGUCUGAAAUACUUGAUUCGGCACGAUUGGCUUUGGUAGUUGGGAAUGAAGCUCUGGGUAAUGUAACGCUGUGGGAUACACGCUUACCAUCCGUCAGCCCUGCUCAAAUCAUAACAAUGCAUCCUUUUAUUGCACCCAUGAUGGAUAUCAAAUCAGCUCGAGAUGGUCAUGGCAAUCGAGUGAUGCUGUUUGGGUUGAGCGAUCAUCAUAUCCAUAUGUGGGCAACUGAUGUAUCGUGACUGUGUUUUAUUUAAAUACAAAUUUAUAAUUGAUAUCGAGGUUUGUGAAUCUAAUGUGUGCACUAUUGAUUUUUGAGAUGCUACUGCAUAGUUUAGUUUAAUAGUGUAGACAUGUCUGGUCAUCAAUCUUGUAUUCAAAUACAAUAAAGUAUAAUCCAUGUUUACCAAU